AUGGAAAGUGACUGCUUAAUGGGUGCAGGGGACGCCCACUGGGCAUCGGGAGCACCACGAUUAGCGCCAACACUCAAAGUAGGCAAACUAUUUUGCACUGUUGUUUGUAACCUGACAAAACCCCCGGUCACUGCAGGUUUAAAGGAACCUGGGCCUGUUCUUAUUAUUGCCAUGAACACUCAGAGGCGUCCUGAUCACCUGCUUCUCGGCCUCCUGCCUCAGAUUUCCUUCACAACCCACGAUGCAGAUGUGGAUGCGAGCCACCGCCAGCAAGCCACCGAUCUUACCUGGUUUGCAGCCACCGCCCCCCACUACUUCGCAGGAGACCUAACAGGCUCGGGGACGCUUCGUAAAGGCGUUUGGCUUUUGUCCCGCGCCGAUGUCCGGCCCGGCCGUGAGCAUGGAGAAUGGCGCGCGUCCUCGAAGACAAAGGCGCGCUGGACCCGACGUUCAGGGCUCAUCAGGGCCCGGCCAGUCCGGCCAGGCCCAUUGAGAUCAAGUGCCCGGAGGCGGGAGGCUGGAGGCUGGCUGGUCGAGGGCCGAGGGCAACGGGGACGCGAAGCCGGCGCGGAAAGGGCAGGGGCAGGACCCGCCCUGGCGCUGCGUCGGCCCCGACGGCCUCACCUCAGAUGCGGACAAUGGCGACCGCUUCCCUAGCGUCGACUAGAACGCGUCGCGGGGGCUGCUGGGAGUUGUAGUUCCGGGCGCAACACUUCCGGCUUAGGCCGGAAGCGCCACCCAGCAGGCGCCCGAGCUGUCCCUCU